ACUCACUCAACCGUCCUUGUUUCCUUUACAUCUCUCGUUACCUUCGCUCGCAGCGCUUCGAAUACCGAUCGACUGGACUGCUGCAUUAUCGGUCGCUAUAUAUACAUUACUUUUGACGGUUCAAAUGUUUGCAGCAUGCAACGUUGGAAGUAGUUCUGAAGCGACUGAAAUUACGGUUGUAGCAAAACAUCGAUAGUAGCUACUGUAGUAAUCCAUAAAAAACUAUGGCGGAUGUAGCAAAACCGCGACCAAGGUUGGAAAGGCGUGCAACGCUUGUUCGAACACCUUCUAUUUUAUACUUUCUGGCGGAUGCUAUGAAAGACUUUUAUUUGUCUGAUGCAAAGUUAGAAUUGGUAACACAGAAAAUGGAAAAUGAAAUGAUGAAAGGCUUGAAUAAAGCAACUAACAAGAAUAGUACUCUUCGAAUGUUGCCGACAUUCGUGCAGUCACUAGCUGAUGGUAGCGAGAGUGGUGCAUUUUUAGCACUAGACCUUGGCGGCACAAACUUUCGUGUUCUUCUGGUUAGAUUGAGUGCGGGAGAGCGACCUGAAAUGGACAGCCAGAUAUAUAAAAUGCCAUCAAGUAUAAUGACUGGGACCGGUGAAAAACUAUUCGAUCAUAUCGCAUUGUGCAUGGCAAAGUUCCUACAACGUCUAGAUAUGCACGAUAGAAAUUUGCCAGUCGGCUUCACGUUUUCUUUUCCAUGUGAGCAAGAUGGAUUAGAUAAGGCAAAGCUACUUAGUUGGACUAAAGGAUUUAGUUGUGAAGGUGUCGUGGGCAACGACGUUGUCACCCUCUUACGGGAAGCUAUCGAUAGACGGGGAGACAUAGACGUACAAAUUUGCGCAGUCGUGAAUGAUACAGUUGGCACCAUGAUGAGUUGUGCGUAUGAAGAAAAUGAUUGUUCCAUUGGACUUAUCAUUGGCACUGGGAGCAAUUGUUGCUACAUGGAAAAAAUGACAAAUAUAGGAACUAUUGAAGGCGAGGAAGGUGAUAUGUGCAUUAACAUGGAAUGGGGAGCAUUUGGAAACGAUGGUUCCUUAAAUGAUAUCAGAAAUAGCUACGAUAAACUUGUUGACGAGGCGUCAAUUAACCCUGGACAGCAGUUGUAUGAGAAAAUGAUUAGCGGCAUGUAUAUGGGAGAGAUAGUCCGUUUGGCUCUUUGUCAACUCACCGAAGACAGAGUUUUAUUCGACGGAAUCGGCUCAGAAGAACUUUACACCAGAGGUAAAUUCGAAAGUGUAAUCGUAUCACAGAUUGAACGCAACGCACCUAAUGGAUUUCAUGCUUUACAAAAUAUUCUGUAUAAUUUGGACCUUGGAGCCAUAAGAGAGGAUUGUGAGAUAGUAGAGUACAUUUGCGAGGCAGUUUCCACAAGAGCGGCGUAUCUCUGCGCUGCCGGAAUUGCCGCUGUAGCUCGUAAAAUUAAAUCUAAUUAUCCAGAGAAAAACGAAAUAAACAUAACCGUAGGAGUCGACGGAACUGUAUACAAAAAGCAUCCAACUUUUGCCAAAAAUCUCAAACGUAAAGUGGAUACCUUGACUGAAGGACGUGGUAUUGGUGUGAAAUUUGCACUUUCUUUCGACGGCAGUGGAAAAGGAGCUGCAUUGAUUGCCGCUGCUACGAUGAAAGAGGACUGAUUGUUAGCGAAAUUCUCGUUUUCUCUUUUAUCAGCAUGUUUGUACAAAAUUUGUCAACAAAAUCUUCUACCUCGGGUUUUGUUUCAUUGCUGCUGUUUACAUCGCUAAACUAUUAUCCAAACUUAUAGCGUCAAUAUUUGUGCAUGUCGUUCAUAUGUCUCUUAUUUGUUAUGUCAAAGGAUAGCAUCUGCUGUGUUUUAUAUAUACAGUAUAUACAUACAAAUUGAGAUUAAAAUGUUGCCAGAAAUGAGAGUACAUCACAUCAUUUGUGUUCUGAUGUACCCGCAUUUGCAAAUUUGUUAAUAUUUUAUAUAUACCAUCCAUUAUCUAUGUGCAUGCUUGUGAAGUUACGCAGAGAAAUAGUCAACAUUUUUGUAUUGUGAUAAAGCAGAAAAAGUAUUUUGACCAUUAUCGUAGGUGAUUUUGAAAUACAGAAUCAUUGGGACUGAUAGUAUGAUUAUCUGACUUUGUUUGUAACCGAUAAUUUGAAAAUUGUAUUGGCCAGAAAUCACCGCGAGUCACUAAUAAUGCUCUAUUUGUAUUUUUAUACAAAUUUCAAACAAAAAUAUCCUCUUGUGUAAGUAUGUAUUAUAUUGCCCAGCCCUAAAUAGAGCAUAUGUACAUAACAAUUGAUCAUGGCAUUUGGUAGUCAGAUUCAAAAAGUAUUGCAAAAUUUACAAUAUACCUCAAAAAGAAUCCACAGUGAUACUGUUGUUGAAAUUUUAAUUGCUAUCAUUUUUUCGUUUUACUGUUUUCAUCUUUACUGCAGUCAUUUUCACCAUUAAGCUAGUAAAAUAAAAGAUUUGUGUGACAGCAAUGUUGAAUUAGAA